GUUCGCGAACUCAUUUUCUCGCGGAAGACCCUUGUCUUUCACGAAGAUGAAAGCCUGGUUUUCGAGCUAAAAGUGGUUUCGUACUGUCACAGCGGUUUGGAAUCUGGAAUCCGGAAUCUGGAAUAUCGACUUCGACUUGAACAGUGUAUAGGAAGUGUGGGAAAUUGCGCGGGGAAAAGCACAAAUUCCGAAGCUUGUGCGACGCUCUUCGUUGGAUUUCAAACCCGAACAGGCUGAACUAUGGAAGCUCGCAAUCAGCCAAUUCACAUUCACAUUCACGGCCAAUUCUCUGUUAGGUGCCUGAUUGCGCAAAGCGCCAGUGAGACGAAUGCGAUGGUGUUUCUCUUUCGCUCGCAUUAGCCGCGAAUCGAAGCUAUUUGCACAUGUUCAUUCCCCGACUUCGUGACAUUGACAGACUACGUUAUACAUGCCUUCACAUGCAUUCAUGACGUCUUCACAUCCAUGUAAAGAGCCCUGGAUCUGGCCUGAAGAAUCCGAGACAUGGUUUCAGAGUCGAAUUUCGCCGGAAACUUAUACACAAUAAGGUGGAUGGUCACCCAUCGAGUUUCAAACGACGUAUGAUAAAUUCAAGGAAUCGUUUUCGAUAAUCCGGGAAUGAUCCAGUGACUGUCCUUGAACCCUUUACAUGUGAAAGAUAUUGCUUCCUGUGAUGAAAGAAGGAAUGGCGGAUUUAUUUGUCCUUCUCCAGGACUUAGGAGAACGUAUCGCUAGUAAAGGUGAUGCCGCGAGCGGCACUCAGCACGAGGAGGAUGACCCUGUGGAAUCGCGGUUUCGUUCCGUGCUUCCUACACUUCUGGAGAGCUAUUUUGUACCCUUCAAAGUGAAGGAGCGAGAGUUGAUGGCAAUCUUGAAGCUCUUGUGUCACACGGUGAAGCAGUAUCCAGGUGUUCUUUACAAAGGAAAAGGACAAGCGGUUCUUCCUAUACUAAGCCGGAUUUUUCCCCUCUUUGCUGAGUCGGAGCUAAGAGGAUGUCAUGGUGGGCUUUUUGAUACCUCUGCUGCUCUUUUAUCACUUUUGCGGACCGGUGAUCCUGAAACUUACAGAUUACUCUUAAUGGAUUCCAUGCUUCUCAUCGAAGAUCUCGUAUCAGUAGGACUUUUUUAUGCGAACCGUAGUAGCUGUUCUACUGUCACAAACGUAUCUAUACAUUGCUACCCUAGAGCAUACUCCGAGCUUUCUAGUGCAGGUGACGCAGCGAAUGCUCCAGAGCUCUUAUGCGGCAUUGCAGCCACCUGGAAAUCUCAAGAAGGCCCCGGCCUUCUCAUUGACGUAACUGGACAGAGUCGCUGGCAAUCGCUUGCUAAGUGGACCAUCAAGUUGCUGGGGCGUUGUCUCCUAGAAGGGGCCCUGCUCGUGGAAGGCUUGGUAACUUCAUCAUUUUUGUCAGCUGUGGGCUCGUUCUUUUGCCACAACUCUCCUCUGUUACACAAGGAAUCUUUCGACUUUGUUCGAAUAGCAACAUCGGUAGUGGAUGUAGAAGCACUUCCUACCGAGAAGCUGAUUCUGUCAAUCAUCAACGUUUUAUCUGUAAGCGGAGGAGAAUCAGAAACUUUUAGGACUCCUGCUUAUGAUUCUGCAUUGGGUGCCUGCCUCUAUGCCCUGUGCUCCACGUGUCAGAGUCUGAUCCUUGAGAGCAUUGCCCAGGCCUUCAUGGAGGUCAUGCCACAGACAGUGAAGCAAAGUGGCAGCAGAGAUUUGAAAGCAGCAAUGUGUGACAUCUACGCGCUAAUUGUGAAGCAGUGUCCUUCUUACUCUGGGCACCUAACUGUUAUCUUGGAACUGAUCACCAUACCAGAAGUUACAACAUCUCUGAGCUACAGUCUCCAGGUGGCCAUGGAUUCAGUUGGACUAGCACAGAUAGCAGGAAUUCAACCUACAACGGAUACUGCGAAUCCGGUCCAAGCUAAUGUUGUUGAUGACGGAGGUGCCGUCUGUUCAGCAACAAAUUCUGGUGAUAGUAGCUCACCUGGCGAAACUCAACAAAGUCAGGAGUAUCAGAGCAGACCAAUAAAACGACAGAAGCUGAGCAAAGCAAUUGAGAAGGAGUCUUCUUUAUCUCGGAUUCUCAUGGGAGUAGAAGUACGAGGCCCAUUACCACACUCCACUGUUCCAUCAAACAACAACUUGCCCUUUUCAUCCUUCGUAAAUAUGCUCAUAGUCGACGUAUCUGUCCCGAAUAUAGACUCUCCUUCACUUUUCUUGUCGGAGAAAGAACUGGCUACACCUUCAAGUCUGCUACACAAAAAAGUUCUACAACUCAUAGGUCAACUCCACCCAUCAUACGAAGUUGAAAGUGGAACCGCGACUGUCGAAGCUAAGCUCUCCGGCUUGUGUGUUCUAGUACGACUAUUUGGAAAAUGUACUGGAACUGUAUGCCACACGCGACUGGUUGUGCUCUUGCACCAAUGGAUGUCUUGUAUCUUUGAUAUGGGUCAAGAGGGGAUUCUUUCAACACUGCAGCUAAGCUUGUUCAUGGAAGCGUUAGACAGGUUUCUCCUGGAGGAAGAACUCGCAGGUACUGCUGCAAAUAGUUGUUCGAGCAGCCUGAAGCAGAAGUUGCUAGAAUCAGCAGACACUCUUAAAGUCCUUCUGGGAACUAUUAUUCUGCCUUGGUCUCUUCCGCUGUCAGGCGAAGAAAGCUGGUCCCUGAAAUCUCGUGCGGUUUAUAUAGUUUCGAAAUUGGGUGGACAUCCUGAAACUCUAGCUUUGGAGUCCAUUAUUGAAAGAGCUCUUCAGGACGCUGACGCACGAAUGCGAGCUGUUGGGGUCUCAGCUGUACCUAGUAUAGCUGCACAAACUAGUCCUGAGUUGGUACUCAGGUUCUGUACUAGACUUGGGACUUUAGGGUCGGAUGGAGCUGAGAGCGUUCGUGAGAUGGUGGGCGGAGUUGUUGGACUGAUGACAUGUGUAUACUACUCAGGACAUUCACGACGUGACCCUGCCGAGGUUCUACCAACCAUAUCUGGAACCGGCGGAGGACGAAGAAGCGGGGAUUCUAGAUUUGUUUGCUCCCUGUGUGACGGUGGAGACUCUGUGUUGAAUGCCGUGAAUUAUCAUAGAACCUCUGAACCUCAAAACAGGACUGGUAGUUCUCUUCUGGCUCAAUGGGAGCCACUUUUUAGUCAAAUACUAUUUGAGGAAAGGUCUGAGCACGUCCAGAUUGCUUUUAUAGGAAGCAUGUCACGAUUCUUACAGCAUGCGACCACGAGCGAUAUCGCCUCGACAAAGAAGGUUUGGCUUCGAUGUCUGGAUACGCUACCUCUUCACCGACGGAGAUCAGUAAGAGAAGCAUUUGGAUUGCAAAUUAAGUACUUCACAAACGCACGUGUUCUAGCCGGAAUAUUUGGAGACAAUGAAGAUGAUAGUGACAAAAAUGGGGAGCUUCAGAUGCUAGGGAAGUUAAAGUAUGCCCUUUGUAUAGCAGAACACCCAGAUGUGAUAGAAACAUUAUUGGAAACUAUAGCCCAAGUUGCCAAAGCUUCUCACCACUGCCACCAGCUACUUUUCUUCUCCCUUGUUCUUCUGCUCGAACAACUUGACAACCCGGACCUUUCCUUACGUGUAAUAUGUGUGAAACUGAUACAUGGAAUAGAUCCAUCAAGCUUGCGCAUAUCGGGAGUUCAUAAACUACAAAAGACGAUGGACUUAAUCAGGGAAGAGUUGUUUGAGUACCUGACAAGUCGCCUCAUUUCUCGUCCAAUCAUGGUACACGAGUUUGCUGAGGCUGUCCUUGAAAUUGACUCCGCAGAUCUAGUCAAGCAAAUGGUCCCCGUGAUGCUACCAAAGCUUGUGCUUGACCAGCAGCACAGUCAAGAGGCCUUGGAUGCUUUGCAUGAGCUUGCUAAGCAGCUAGGUACAGACCUACCGCUUCUGUUGCUGGAAUGGUGUCAUAAAGUGCUAUCUGUACUUCUCCUGCGAGCCGAUGGUAAGGAGCUGAUGGCUGCACUGCAAUUUUAUGAAGUACAAACCGGAUCUGAUCCUCGAGAAAUUUUUGCUGCGGUGUUGCCAGCUCUCCUUGAUGAGCUGGUGCGUUUUCUCGGUGACACAGAUUCAGACGAAGGGCUUCGAAGAUCAGCAAGGGUGGCUCCAAUGAUUCAAGAGGUGGCCAGCAUUGUUAGUGGAUCAGAUGAUCUCGCCAGCUUCCUCAGAAGUCACUUUGUUGGUCUUCUGAAUAGUAUUGAUCGGAAGUUGUUGCGUUCCGAAGACGUGACGUCUCAAAAGCAGGCACUGCGCUGUAUAGAGCGAUUGGUGGACAUGAUCGGUGCUCACCUAAGUGCUUUCGUGCCAAAAAUAAUGGCACUGCUUACAAGAGCUCUUCAAGAUCCUUCUUUGCAAGUGGAAGGCUUGAAGGUGUGGCUUUCAUUCGUGAGAACCCUAGCGCAUGUUGCACCUGCCAAUGUGAAGGUUGUCGCAAGCCAGAUCGUUGUUGCCCUUAUGCCAUGCUUAGAAGGCCGACAAGAUGAGCAAAAUGCAGCAGCGGUGGUAUUGGAGGAGCUAAUUGUAAGAAAUAGAGCUGCUCUUGAAGACCAGGCUAGAGAGUUACCUCUUCUGCCUAGUCUUCCGUCUCUGACCAACGUGAACACAGUCCUACAUGAAGCCCGUGGUUCACUAAGCCUUCGUGAUCAACUACGUCGAGCAGCUGAUGGACUUUCGCAUGAAAGCAUGAGCGUGCGCUACACCACUGCUAGCGAAUUAAGCAAAGUCAUGAGAGCUCAGAGGCGAGAAAUAACUGCCAUGCUGGUGGCAGAAGUAUCUAUGGACGUUGCAGUUAUAAGCAGUCUGGUGACAGCAUUGUUAAGAGGAUGCGCCGAGGAAUCUCGAAGAGCUAUGAGCCAGAGACUGAAAUUGGCCUGUGCAGAGUGUCUGGGAGAGCUUGGAGCAGUUGAUCCCGUCAAGCUGCAGGUGGAUUUACGGCACCAGUCGAGAAUUGAGAGAAACAAUGAAGACCUUGUGUUUGAGUUGGUCAAACAACAUCUGGCCAAGGUCUUGAGAGCUGCUACUGAUACAGAUAUACAAGAUGCAGCGGCUUUAGCUAUUCAAGAGCUUUUGAAACUUAGUGGUUGUCAGGCGGCUUUGCUAGGCAAAUUACAUAAAAGUACUAUCAGCUCUGGAAAGUCGAAGGAUGCCUCUUUUAGAACAACAAAGGGGUCUGCAAGAAAUGUACAUGAUGGCCGGGAAUCAGCUACAAAUGGAGAAAAUCUCUGGAGAAGGUUUUCCGAUGAUGUGAAGGAGAUUAUCACUCCAUGUUUGACUUCGAAGUACCUUCUGAAGAGCGCAGGUGCGUCAAUACCUGAUGGUCCAAUAUUUCGAAGUGGCAUGUCUUUCCGGAGAUGGAUGUAUCUAUGGAUUCGUCGUCUGAUUUCACAAGCAACUGGCGAUCGGGCCCAAAUAUUCAUAGCUUGCACGGGGGUCGUGAGACACGACAUGGGAACAGCCCUCUAUCUCUUACCAUACUUGGUUUUGAACGUUGUGUGCGAGGGCUCCAUUCAGGCUCGCAAUUCCGUCACUGAAGAAAUUUUAGCUGUUUUAGCCGAAGCUACCUCUUUGAGUAGUAGCUCUGUUGUAGGUGUUGAAAGAGGCGCGGGUAGUACUUCUAGGAGCUGGUCAGGGCCAAGUGAGGUUAGCACUCAAACAGUAUUCACCUUGAUCGACUGUCUAGCUCAGUGGCUGGAUGACUGCAAAUUGUUGUCACCAGGACAAACAAGUCAUGCCUCUAGUAAAGGUUCCAAUUCUGGCUCCAACUCAGAAUCUCUCAGGCAGGAGUCUAGUCUGCUCGCUGAGCACCGGCAAAAUGUGCUGCAGCUUUUGGCUGCCAUUCCGAAACAAGCUCUUGCUGGAGCGUCCUUUCGAUGUCAAGCGUAUGCCCGAGCUCUACUUUAUUUUGAAACUUAUGUGAGAGAAAAAUCUGGCGCUUUGAAUCCCGCUGCAGAAAGUAGUGGAGUCUUUGUAGACGAAGACGUUACAUUCCUUUUAGAGAUAUACAGCGGUUUGGAUGAACCAGAUGGUCUGUCAGGCUUAACCAGACUGCGAACAUCGACAACCUUACAAGAUCAAGUGCUGAUUCAUGAGAAGGCAGGCAACUGGGGAGAGUCUUUGACUUGCUAUGAGCAAGCUUUGCAGAUGGACCCCACCAGUAUCUUGCGCCAUUCUGGUUUACUCAACUGCUUGCUUAACAUGGGCCAUCUGCAGGCAAUGGUGACUCAUGUUGAUGGAUUAAUCUUAAGAAUGCCAGACCACAAAGGGGAGUGGAGUAUGCGAGGCAUUCAGGCAGCUUGGCGGCUAGGUCAGUGGAGUCUACUCGAAGAAUAUGUCACAUGUGCUGAAGGCGAUGGUUCUUUAAUCAAUAGUGGUGAAGGAUAUGCAGCUUUUGAUCUCAGCUUGGCAAAGAUUCUCCAGGCCCAUCAGAAUGGAGAUCGAGAGCUAUUCACGGAGCAAAUCAUGCUUUCCAGGCAAACACUUCUUGCACCGUUGGCAGCAGCGAGCAUGGAGUCAUAUACUCGUGCAUAUCCACUGAUUGUCAAAUUGCAUAUGUUGCAAGAACUAGAGGAUUUUAGUUCCCUGGCCGCUGUGAAGCGUGCAACCGAUAGUAGUCACAUAAAUGUUAUCAUGGAGCUAGUUGGCGAUUGGGAGAACCGUUUGAGAAUUACGCAGCCUUCACUUUGGACUCGAGAACCAAUUCUCGCACUACGAAGAUUAUUGUUUAGUACAAGCGGGUUACAGUCAGAGGUCGGAAUAUGCUGGCUGGAGUAUGCGAAGCUUUGUCGUGCAGCGGGCCACUAUGAGACUGCAAAUCGAGCUAUAUUGCAGGCCCAAUCCGUGGGGGCACCAAAUGCCCAUAUGGAGAUGGCCAAGCUUUUAUGGGACACAAAUAAAAGUCAUCGAGCUAUCACUGAGCUUCAACAAGCAUUGUCAGGGGUUUCUCGACCAGUGCUUGGUAAUGCAUACACGGCCGCCCUCAGUGGCCUCUUAUAUAUUCAUGGCCAGUCACCCUCAAGGCCGGCUGUGAAAGCGAUACAGGAUACGUCACCUGGCUGGGCUAAGAUGUCCACCCAGGCAAAGAGGGACGAAGACCUUGUGACCGCCAAAGCGCUUCUUCUUCUUGCAAGAUGGGUCCAUCACACUGGGCAAAAGCAGAAGGAUGAUGUCGUUAGUUUGUACACGCGAGUGAAAGAACUGCAACCAAAGUGGGAAAAAGGAUACUUUUUCAUGGCUAAAUAUUUCGAUGAUUUGUUAGUGGAUGCCCGCAAAAGACAGGAAGAACUUCAGGAUGGUCGUACUGAUCCUGUGCUUCAAAGGCGCCGUCUUACAGUGGACGAUAAGCACUGGUGGACUUACCUCCCCGAAGUGAUACUGUUUUAUGCGAAGGGGCUGCACAAAGGUCACAGACAUCUGUUUCAAGCUAUGCCCCGGUUGCUGACUCUGUGGUUUGAGUUUGGGAGCACUUACUGCGGCGAUUCUCUUGCUUCUAACAAGACGGUCAAAACUGUUCAUGCAAGAGUUAUGGGCAUCAUGAGGGGUUGUCUGAAAGAUCUACCACCAUAUCAAUGGCUUACCUCUCUUCCGCAGCUAGUGUCAAGAAUCUGCCACCAAAACGAAGAAGUUGUGCGCCUCGUCAAACACAUAAUUACUCUUGUGCUGCAAGCGUAUCCACAGCAGGCCUUAUGGACAAUGGCAGCACUUACAAAGUCCACAGUUCCUGCGAGGAGAGAAGCAGCCGCUGAAAUUAUUCAGCAAGCAAGAAGCUCUUUGGGCCAAGAGAGAGAGAAGACAGUUUUAUUCAGUCAGUUUGCUGGAUUAAUCGAUCAGAUGAUCCGUCUGUGUAUGUAUGCGGGUCAGCCUAAGGCAAAAACUGUUAGUCUCGCUACUGAGUUUGGGUAUCUCAAAAGAAUGAUGCCUGUAGGUGUAAUCAUGCCCUUGCAAAGAGCUCUCACGGUCACAUUACCUCCUAGGGGUUUGACAGACGUGAAUUAUAAUCCUUUUCCACCUGCGGAGUUUUCUACCAUUGCUGGCAUCGGGGAUGAAAUCGAAAUUCUAGCUUCUCUGCAGCGGCCCAAAAAGGUAGUGCUGCUUGGAAGUGAUGGGUUAGAGCAUCCUUUUCUGUGCAAGCCCAAAGAUGAUUUGCGCAAGGAUGCCCGAAUGAUGGAAUUUACCACCACGAUCAACCGACUUCUUCAAAAGGAUCCAAAAAGCCGACGACGGAAACUGUACAUACGCACUUUUGCUGUUAUCCCUCUCACUGAAGAUUGUGGUAUGAUCGAAUGGGUUUUGCACACACGGGGUUUACGUCACAUUUUGCAGGACAUCUACGUUGCCUGUGGUAAAUUUGACAGACAGAAAACGAAUCCAGCUAUCAAAAGAAUAUACGACCAACAGCAGGCCCAGAAGGGUAGUGACAAAAUAUCUGAGGCAGAAAUGUUUCGGACCAAGAUAUUACCCAUGUUUCCACCAGUGUUUCAUCGUUGGUUCCUCAAUACAUUUCCCGAGCCUGCAGCUUGGUUUCAAGCGAGAGUAGCCUACGCUCACACAACCGCCGUGUGGUCAAUGGUUGGGCACAUGGUUGGUCUGGGUGACCGGCAUGGAGAAAAUAUUCUUUUUGAUUCAACUACUGGUGAUUGUGUUCACGUGGAUUUUAGCUGUCUUUUUGACAAGGGUUUGCAACUUGAAAAACCCGAACUUGUGCCUUUUCGACUCACUCAGAACCUAGUGGACGGGCUCGGCAUAACUGGUUAUGAGGGAGUUUUUCUACGGGUCUCUGAAAUCACUUUGUCCGUCCUUCGAUUACACCGAGAAACUCUCAUGAGUGUCUUAGAAACGUUUCUCCAUGAUCCACUGGUGGAGUGGACAAAAUCACACAAGUCGAGUGGAGUAGAGGUGCAAAACCCCCAUGCUCAGAGAGCUAUUGCCAAUAUAGAAGCACGCUUCGAAGGAGUGGUUGUAGGUGUAGGUGCUGCUCCAUCACUUCCACAUUCGGUAGAAGGUCAGGCACACAGACUCAUUGAAGAGGCUGUAUCACACCAGAACUUGAGCAAAAUGUAUAUCUGGUGGAUGCCCUGGUUCUAAAGUCGCAGUUAUAACCACUUCGUGAUGUGAAAAAGAGGGCAUCUCACUGGCAUUUCAGUUGGUUCUCUGACACCACCACUGGUAUGUGGGUGUCCCGCAUCUCCAGCACUUGCGAGUGCCCCUUUGGGAGUGCACAUCUGAACUUUCGACUCGGGAGAAAUUUGGUCGAGACGAUGAUGAUUUCCUCCAGAAACAUUGUGGAGAUUGAGAUCGUUAUGAUUUGGUCCUGCAAAGAGGUGUGGAAGCUUCACUUUGUGUCUCAGCAGGCACUUACUUGCUUGAGAGCAAUAGUACGACAUAUCGACAACCUCCCCCGAUCAGAUGGAUGGAGUAGCACCCUACUUUGUUGGAUCCUGAGCUUGCUGCGUAGCUGAGACUGCGUACUAAGUUGCCUAUCUUUCUGGUCCUCAGAAGCGGAGGACAAGAUGCUGGAGACUCAGUUAGAGGACUGAAAAAUAAUGGGCGCACGUUCUAUGAAGCGGAUUAGCUUCGUUGAUAAAUUUGUCCACACGUAUAAAUUCCUCAAGGUGCAUGUACGAGGCCCUCCUUGGGCUGGAUUUACAUGGACGCUCAGUUGGUCUACAUAUUGUACCAUUCAAAUGUACAAUGUGUAGACCAACUCAGAUGUCAGGCCGACCGCAAAAUCGUCGAUAUUUGUACACAAGGUGUAGUAUAAAGCAUAGGUCAAUGCCAAAGAUAUGACAGUCGCACAAACCUGGUGUCUCCAAGUAAUUCAAUCUAACCCAGUGGGUGUCGAGAGGGUCGACAAACUUCUGAUAUGCAUGCUUGAUGUCUAAGUUCUCAAAACAGCGCUAACGUGCCAAAUUCUUUCUUUUUAGAGUCCGCAAAGAUGGGUGUCCAAAAAAAAAGUUCCGAAUAUAUGAUGUCUUCCGUUCUAACUUUGCUAAACUCAGCUAUCGACCCAACCGUUCCCUUCAUGAUUUCACACAGAAGAUACCUAGUAACGCAUCAGAAAAUAUGGAAGACCUCAUAAGUCUUACACAGAUGGAAACGUACAGGGGAUUUUGGUUCUAUGUUUCCGAGUCAUCAUCGCAACGCAUUCUUGCAGUGACACGAUCUACAUAUUUGAGAGGAAAGGCUAGGAAAAUUGUUUAACAUGAUUGUUAUUUCAUGGGUUGC